UACAACCGCCCACUACAAAGAUGGAGGACGAUAUCUCAGAUUUGAGCAGACCACAAAUGUACUUGUUUGGUUGCACCUUGAAAUCGGACAAAAGGGAGUUCAAAGUUGACGUAGACGACGACGAUACGGAGCAACAGCUGUCACUCAAAACAGUGUGUCUGGGAGCGGAGGCUGAGGAUAAGUUCCACAUGGUGGAAGUCGAGGGCCUCACGUUUGACGGGAAGAAGACCAAAGUGCCGCUUGUCGCCCUGAAACCUUCUGUCCUUCCCUCGAUUAGUUUAGGGGGAUUUGAGAUCACUCCCCCAGUUACCUUCCGUCUCCAGUCUGGAUCUGGACCAGUUCACAUCAGCGGGCAACAUUUUGUCAGUGUGAAGGAUUCGGAGGAUGAGGAAGAGGAGAACAAUACGUCUCCGGUGAAGCGACCUGCAGGUCUCCUGUCAGGGAAGAAGCCUCCGCUGAAAAAACUAAAGAUGGAUUCUGAUGACGACGAUGAUGACGAUGAAGAAGACAGUGACGAGGAGGAUGAUGAUGAUGAUGAUGACAGCGACGAAGAUGAUGCGAAGCCUCAGAAGAACGUCGGAAAGGCGAUCAAGAAGAGCCCAGAGCCUUCGUCUAAGAAACCCAACAAGACUCCAAUGAAACAAAAUGGCCCUGCAGGAAAAGCUUCAGGAUCAGAGGUCAAACCACAGAUUAAGACACCUGCCCCUGGAAAAGACAAACCCCAGCCUGGCCCGUCUAAAUCUCUGCCUGAGAUUAAGAGCAAGUUGUCAGCGGCAGCCAAGGAGGGGAAACCUCUACCGAAGACGGAGCAGAAGUUUGAGAAUUAUGUGAAGAGCGCUUUUAAACUCUCAGACAAAAAAGUGGUCAAGGAUCUCUGGAGUUUUGUGCAAACACUGAAGAAGUAACAUACGUCCACGUUUUAACAUUUGUAUGUUUUGCAUCCUGGAAGACAUUUAAAGGCACAGUCGGCGAGAUUUCCUCCUCGGCCCCACCCUCUCAGCCCUGCUAUAGAUUAGAAGCAGAAGGGCUCGAGUGUUCAAAUUUGGUUUAGCCGUUAACGCGUACGUUCAGGUGUCAUUUCCCAGAUCCGAAGCACCUCGUUGAGGUGGUUCAUUCGCACAUUCGCUCGUUCGUGUUGGUAGGCAACUCGAGGAGAAGCUGAUGUAUGAGCCAGUCUUACAGCACCACCACUCAUGUCCCACACUUGUCUAUGUCGCUUUCUGCAGGAAAGCCAACAAAUGCACCACUUGGAAGUGAUAAACAUUACAUCUGCAGAUGUUUGUAGCUGUAAUAAAUUCAAUCAUUCACUGUUAACAAACCUAUAAUUUAAGUGUUCAAAGACAGAAAUGGACAAAAUCUUUGACCCAGAUCCUGAACAUGUUGGUUGUUUUGUACAUGAUUUUGUCAUAUUUUCACACAUCGUGACUCAUCAAUGACACAUACAACAGCAGAUGGUAACUGAAGUCCUUCCUUUGCCUGCAGAGAGCGAGAUGGGCAUAGCAGCCCUUCAUGCACUGGUAGUCGUUAAACCACAGGUCCAGAACUGUUGCAGCUCUGCAAAGUUAUGAUAUUUGUUUUUUUUGAGGGGGGGUUUUGCAUCCGUGACACAGUGUUUCCUUAGCCGAGUCAAAAAUGCAAUAGGAAAUAUUGCAGAAUGUGCCUUUAAAUAUCUCUACUGUAAACCGAGAUAACGAGCAGUCCCAAUUUGUGUGAAUCUGGGCAGCAUAUGCAAGGGUGCUCAAGACAAAUGAUGUGUGGAAAUGGAGAGUUGGAGGAUCUUCUGUCAUCAGCCAGUGACGAUACCUGUUGUUUUGUUUUGAUAUUUUUUUUUUAGCUUCUCUCUGGAUUUAUUAAGCAUUUUUAGCUCUAAGCAUGCUUAUGAAUUUAUUUCGUUGUUGUCUGGCAUAUUGUCAUCGCUUCACUCGUGCAGAAACUUCUACAGCGGGAUGAUGGUUUUAUUUUUAGAUUGCGUCACACGAUUCAGUUUUAACAAUUUGGCCAACAAAGCAGCAAUGAAGCAAAAUGAUACAACUUCCAUAAAACAUUUCACUUAAGCUAAAUAGUGCAUUGUAUUACAUUAAAACUGGCGUAUCUGCUGAAUAGAUGCAGAACACAUUCAUGCUGCGUUUGACUUUUCCGUUAACGUUAAUUUCUUUCACAAGUGGAGAAAUUGUUCCUUCCAGUGAUUUAAGCUGAAAAUCAUUUCGUCAGCUGUUGUCGCGAGUAUUACACGACCCAUAAAACCAACACAGAUGCCCUGACUAAAAGGCUUGUCUUUACAUUACAUAAAAAAAAAAAAAAAAGUUAAAACACAAGGCGACUACACUGUUAAGAAUAUUUACGAGUUGGCACGGACACUGUUUUCAGUGUGUUUCAAUUCACUCUAAAGCAGAUUACGAGCAUGUGACUGAGCUUAUUUAAGUACGACAUAAUCAUAAGGUAUACGCGAGAAGAUUACAUCAGAGUAACAUGAUAUCACCGCAUAAAUAGCUCCGUAAUUGUUCUCUAUCAGAGCUCAGAUGACAAUAAGCAUGCGCUCGCUCUGAGCUUAAAAUGUGUUUAUGAUCCUGUAAAAGGUAUUUUAAGAGCCAAAUGUUGGCAGAUGUAUGCCGUCCUAAACCGGUUUAAACGGUUCGGUUCCUCCGCUCCGUCGUCUUUUAAAGGAGAGUUGAAAUUCCCUUUGCUGCAAACUUUACGACUUCAGCUGAUUAUGAAAAUGUCCCUGGUAAUCUAAAUCUGAAAUUUAAAUGUAAGGUUUUUUUUUUGUAGCGAGGCUUCAGUAGCGGCAGGUUGGUUGUUUGUUUUUGUUCUGUAGAAGAUGAAGGCAGAGUUCUUUAUCAAUGAUUUUUAAUUCUUCCAUAUUAUCAGACUUUUUUUUCUGUAAAAUAAAUAUCUUUUGCUUUUAUUUGCAAUUCUGGCAGCUGAACUGAACGAAUACUUUUAAGUGUCUGAUUAGCUGUGAUUGCAGCUUCUCUCUGUUAUCGUGGUUUUUAUUUCAGAUGUAUUCUAGUUUGGUAUAAACACACCUUUAUACCAAAUUACCCCCCACUUUUUUUUUUUUUUUUUUUUUUUAAUGUUUGAAAUACUGUCAUGUUUUUUGUUAAUCUUACAUUUUCACUCUGCUGUUCGUCAUCCUUUGGUUCUGUACUGUGUAGUUAUGAAGCCAGUACCUAAAUAUGUCUCAGUAAACUUCUUUGUUUUUAGCCCUUUA